UCCGGUGUUUCCCUUUCUGGCGUCCGGGCUGCGGGUCGGCUCCGGGAGGACUCGGGCCGGCGACCCUGAGGACGUGAGUUAGAGUUUGGAUGUGAAAUCACUGUUCUAGGCCAACUUAGGACCAUUGUCGCAGUUUUGAAUGAUUCCAUUAACCUACCUUGCAAAAAUCACCUCAGGAUCACAGAAUUUCCUUUGUGAAAUUUCAGUCUGUGAUCUCCUGAAGAGCAGGAAGCCCCAUCUUCCCUGUUUUGGGUUACCAACGUCUGACAAAUAGUAGGCACUUAAUAACUGCACACUUACCAAUGGUGAAGAAAGUAAAGAUGAUGCUCCCAACCAGGUUGGUAAGGAGAGGCUGCCUGCAGUAUCGGGAAGAUCUGGGCCUAAAAUCAAUACACUGGGUUAUACGUAAAUGUAUCAAUUAUUGGAGGAAAUUCGCCCUGUAAGCAGAAGGCACUAACCCUUGAAUUCUAGUUCUGGCCCCGGGUUCACCUGGCUCCGGGCAACUUAUUUUUCUUAAUUGCAAAUUAAUGCUAUGGAACAGCCCGUUAGUAACAUUGAGAGUCGUGAAUAGUUCUGAUCACUGGACAAAUAGUGCCCCCACCCUUCUAAUUCACGUGAACUUGAUAUUUCAGUGGAAAAUAUCAAGAAGAUCCUUGGCGGAAAUCCUGGGCUUCUGGAGUAAGGAAAUUGCCCUAACUGCACACAAAACUCCUAGGACAGAAGUUGGCAAGUCUGAAUUAGGCUAAAUACAAAGUGAAUGUCACAGGUUCCAUAUCUGUUUUGUCCCUUUUGUGGAUUCUCAGUUUCUAGAUUAUCUUUUACUUUCCACACAUGCAGAGCUGCCGUUUGAAUGCUUCAGGCUGCAUUUGUUCCAUUUGUCCAGUGACAGAGUUGUUAGCUGACUGACCUUUUUUGUGAGACUAAUGUCCAGCACAGAAUCUGAAAUAAGGUAUCGAGUCAUGAUCUGGUCACGUGUGCCUGUGUACCCCGCAGCUGUUCGCUAACUCGAGGCUUUUGAGACCCGUCUCCCAGGAAUCUGUAAAUGGAAACACUGGUGCCCUCGUUGUCUCCCGUCUAACGGCUUCUUGUACUAAAAGAAACCCCUCCAGCGCAAUGGAUGAAGAAGACCCCCACUAAGACACAACAUGAUGGCACUUCAGAGCAUUGGGGACAAAGAAAACAUCCUACAGGUCUUCUAGAAAGAGAAAGGAGGGGCGCCUGGGUGGCUCAGUCGGUUAAGCCUCCGACUUUGGCUCAGGGUUAUGGAAGGAUCAAAUGGAAUAAUACGAAGAAGGGUUUGUGAGUUGUAAACGGUUCCUGAGCCGAAAGUGAUGACAUGGGCAUGCUAAGAGGCAGACUUCGGUCUUGGAGGGUGGGCGUCUGGGACUUCCGUGUUCGCCCACGUCGGGAGCGUCAUUGUACCAGUUAACUAUCGCCCCGGCGGUGCAGUCACGACACCUGAGCUGCGCGCAACAGUAAACAACAACUAGCAGGGUGUCUGAGUUUUUCAUUUAGAUCAAUACCUUCAAAUUCUUAGCAUGGAGAAUUCAGAGAAGACAGAAGUGGUUCUCCUUGCGUGUGGCUCCUUUAAUCCUAUCACCAACAUGCACCUUCGACUGUUUGAGCUGGCCAAGGACUACAUGAACGGAACAGGAAAAUACAAAGUCCUCAAAGGCAUCAUCUCUCCCGUGGGCGAUGCGUACAAGAAGAAAGGCCUCAUCUCCGCCCACCACCGAGUCAUCAUGGCGGAGCUCGCCACCAAGAAUUCGGAAUGGGUGGAAGUGGACACCUGGGAAAGUCUUCAGAAGGAGUGGGUGGAGACCGUGAAGGUGCUGAGACACCAUCAGGAGAGACUGGAGGCCAGUAGCUGUGACCACCAGCAGGACUCACCGAGGCUGGAAAGGCCUGGACGGAAAAGGAAGUGGGCUGAGCAAAGACAAGAUUUUAGUCAAAAGGAAUCGCUAGAGCCAAAAACGAAAGACGCGCCAAAGGUAAAGCUGCUGUGUGGGGCAGAUUUAUUGGAGUCCUUCGGCGUUCCCAAUCUGUGGAAAAGUGAGGAUAUCACCCGGAUUGUAGGAGACUAUGGGCUCAUAUGUAUCACUCGGGCUGGAAAUGACGCUGCGAAAUUCAUCUAUGAGUCCGACACCCUGUGGAAACACCGGAACAACAUCCACCUGGUGAAUGAGUGGAUCACCAAUGACAUCUCCUCCACAAAGAUCCGGCGAGCCCUCAGAAGGGGCCAGAGCAUCCGCUACUUGGUGCCAGACCUCGUCCGAGAGUACAUCGAGAAGCACGAUCUGUACAGCCCUGAGAGCGAGGAGAGGAACGCGGGGGUGGUCCUGGCUCCGCUGCAGAAACGCGCUGCCCCGGCGGACCCGUGACUCCUGCGCGCUGGGCGUGUGGACCGGGCUGGGUGUGAGCCGCCGGGAGGAGGAGCUGUGACCCUGUUGCAUAAACUGAAGCUUUUUAAAAGUUCGGUAAAAAUCACCAGGACAUGAAAAUAA